GCCAACUUAAGCCACAUGUCCAAGAGAGAGAGCGAGAGACAGACAGAGACACAGAGACAUAGAGACAGACAGACAGAGACACGGAGACAGACAGAUGGAAACAGAUCUACUCCAGGUGGUGUGCCCCAGCGAAGCUCAGCCUCGCCCAGCGGGCACACCUCCCCAAGACUGGCCCAGGAACCGGUUCCUCCCCCUUUUGUUAAGUGUCAAGCGAAUGGGUUUCCUGUUGACUCCGGAAUCCCGCGAAAGGGCAGGAAGGGGCCAGGCCUCCUGGUCUCUCUUCUCCCCACGCCCUUUAUCUAUUUCGUGCUCGUCUGUUUGGGUUCUGGGGUGUUCGCAGCCUGCGUGCGCAGGGCGGCCUCGGCAGCCGAAACCCCUCCCCGAGGAGGCGAGGCCGGCGGGAGCCCGCCCGACCCCAGGCUGGCCCGGGCGGGGCGGGCAGGAGGCGGGAGCUGCCGGCGCCGCCGCGAGCCGGAGGCGGGAGCUCGGCCCGGCCCGCGCCCCAGCGCCUUCCCGCGGCCUGCCGUGCCCGCCGUGCCCGCCGUGCCCGGGCUGCGCGGCGGCGCCUCGCCCAUGGCUGAGGGCCGGCGGCGGGAGGACGAGGAGGAAGAGCUGCGGGAGCGCCGCGAGCUCGGGGGCCCGCGCCGUGCCCGGGGCCGCGCGCUCCCGGGCCACGCCGCUGCAGAUCGCAGCGAGCGGCGGAAGCCGGAGCACCGCUCUUCAAGCCAAGGAGCCUUGUCGUCCAUUCGAGCAGUAAUCAAGAGAUCCUCCAGGACCUGUACCCAGAGCGACCUUCCUCGGGAUAGGAGGCGCCCCGAGAUCACCAUCGUGGCAGCAGAGCCGCUGAGGCCGGCCUCGUGGUUCCCGGGAGCUCCGCCGCGGGGCCUGGGCUUCCCCGCCACGCCUGUCGCGGGCCCCUGGAGACCCAGUGACCUGGUUCCUGCCGAGCUCCCGCCCUCCUACGAGCAAGUGAUAAAAGAAAUCCACCAGGUUCAGGUUAACACGACCAACAACAACAAUGCCGCCGCCCUCCCGAGGAGCACCAUCACCUCUGCCACCCAGACCGACUUUGCGGAGGAGAUAGACUGCGGCCUGCCUCCAGCCCUCCCGGCGCCUCUCACGCCCCUCCAGCCCUCGCCAGCAGCCCCUGGCGACCUCCCCGCAAGCGUGGCCCCGUUAAUAGUCUUCGAGAUCUCUGAGGAGCAGAACUGCCCCGACGCCCCCACUGCGGCGAGAUGUCCAGUGCCAAGGCCAAGAUCGAAGAGCAACCUCAGGCCAGUCGCGAGGGACGCCCACAGUAAGGAGCGGGGGGCCCGGACGAGCCCCGCGCCGCCCGGGGAGGACUGGCCGCCCGCGAGUCUGCUGGACGGCCCCCGCGGCGUGGAUGGCCCGGCCGUGAGGAGCGCGAUGGACGCCGAGCAAAGCCAAAGCAGUGUCGUUUCCAGGAUCAAAGCCCUGGAGGGCCAGACCAGCACCGAGGGCCCGGGGCCGCCCCGGAGACCCGAGGCUGUCCCGCGCACGGUGCCCCCGAGGCCCGCGGCGCCCGCCGGGAAGCCGGUGGUGGCGCCCAAGCCGGCCGCGCACGGAGCCGCCGCCGCGCACGGAGCCGCGGGGGAGUGGGACUCGUGGGCCCGGCCCGGGCUCCCCGCGUGCUCGCCGCAGGACGCCGCAGGCGCCCCGGUAACCAAGCCCGAAUUGCCAAAGACGUCAGCCCCGCGGAGCCGAGAGCCGGCGGGGAGGAAGGUCCCCACCCCCGCCCCGCGGCCCCUGCCGCCCCGGAGACCCCCCGACGCCCCCGCGGCCCCGGCCCGGCCCCCCGCCGCCUCGCCGGCCAGAGCGCCCCGGGUCUCCGGGGAGGCGCCGCCCAGCCCCCCGGCUCCGGCCCUGGCGGACGUGGACCUCAUCAGCUUCGACGACGACGUCCUGCCCGCCCCGGCCAGCCCCGCCGAGGGGCCCGCUGCCCCUGACGCGCUCCUCGAUCCCUUUCAGCUCCCCACAAAAGUGGAACCAGCGAAAGAAAGAGCCGUUCAAGCAGCAGCGCCCACCAGGAAGCCUACUGUAAUCCGAAUCCCAGCCAAACCAGGAAAAUGUUUGCAAGAGGACUCACCAAGCCCACCUCCUCUUCCUGCUGAGAAGCCUGUUGGGAAUACUUGCAGUACAGUGCCUGGAAAGCGCAGUCACCCUGACAGAGCUAGAAACCCGGGACUGGAGCAAGCGAGUGAAUCAGGCUUGGUACAAGGCCCGCCCAGGCUGCCACCAAGACCUGAGCAUGGGAAAGUCAUUCCAGUUUGGAGGCCUCCCAAGGGGGCCCCUGAGAGACCACCGCCCCCUAAACUCUCUGCAGCCAAAUCAAGCAAAAACCUGCCUUUCAGUCGGUCCUCGUCCGACAUGGAUCUUCCGAAAAAGCAGGGCCCCCUGGCGUCUGGACUCCCAAAAGCCAAGAGUCAGGUCUUUAAAAACCAAGAUCCGGUGCUACCCCCUCGCCCUAAACCGGGACACCCUCUCUACAGGAAGUACAUGCUGUCGGUGCCCCGCGGCCUGGCCAGCGAAGACGCUGCCUCCCCGAGCCCCGCGGAGCAACCCUGCAAGCCCUGUUUCCCCCAGGACUCGGGCCACACUCAGAAGCCUGCUGACAGCGGGGCUCCACACGCUCUGGUUCUCCAUGACUUCCCAGCAGAGCAAGCCGAUGAUCUGAGCCUCACAUCUGGAGAAACUGUUUAUCUUCUCGAAAAAAUAGAUACAGAAUGGUACAGAGGGAAAUGCAGAGGGCAGUCCGGCCUGUUCCCUGCCAAUCACGUCAGAGUCGUGGUUGAUAUUCCAGAAGGAAGAAGUGGAAAAAGAAAAUCAUUUUCAUCUCACUGUGCUAAGGGCCCACGGUGUGUUGCUCGGUUUGAAUUUAUUGGCGACCAGAAGGAUGAGCUGAGCUUCUCGGAGGGAGAAGUCAUUAUUCUGAAAGAGUAUGUGAAUGAGGAAUGGGCGAGAGGAGAGAUUCGAGACCGAACGGGGAUCUUCCCCCUAAACUUUGUGGAACUUGCUGAGGACCCCCCCACGCCCAGUGCGGACAUUCUGAGCACAAAGGUACCACCAAAGACCAAAAAGGAAGAGCCCGGCUCCAGUUCUGAGGACAGCAGCCCUUCCGGGGAGUGGUGCAAAGCUCUUCACAGCUUCGCGGCGGAGACCAGUGAGGACCUGCCCCUCAGCCGCGGAGACCGCAUCCUGAUCCUCGAGCGCCUGGACUCUGACUGGUGCCGGGGCCGGCUGCACGGCAGGGAGGGCAUCUUCCCCGCAGCCUUCGUGCAGCCCUGCCCAGCUGAGGCGAAAAGCGUGGCUGCUGCAGCGCUGAAGGGGAGGAAGGCCAGAGCCCUGUACGACUUCCUGGGGGAGAACGAAGAUGAGCUCUCUUUCAAGGCCGGAGAUGUAAUCACAGAGCUGGAGCCCGUGGAUGAGGCCUGGGUGAGCGGAGAGCUCAAGGGAAGGUCCGGCAUCUUUCCCAGGAGCUACGUCCAGUUUCUGCAAGUCAGCUGAAGUCCCGCCUGGCGGUCCCUUGGCGGGAGAACCCACUUGAACAUUCACUUUGACUAUCAGAUAUUUUGCACUAUUUUUUUAACAGAAAGAGAAGCAUCUAAGACAUAUGUGGUACCCUAGGAUUUGUGAGAGCAGAAAACUUGUAGAAAGGCGUCCGUUCUCCACGUGCUUGGGAAGCAGCCGGGAAGCGGUAGGGGGAGGGCGGGCAGAGGCACACUUCCCGGGGGAAGCGCCUGGUGCCGGCGUGGGAGGCUCACGCCCAGGCCCACACGCCUGUCCACCAGCACACGGAAUUUACCGUGCUCUUCAUUGCCACGUUAGUGUAAAAGGAGGACGUUGACAGUCUAGACAGUCCUGCCUAACUGUCAGGACACGGGUGGUAAUCAUUCGUUUUUGAUAUUCAAAUGAAUUCUAACAGCUUGAGCACAGUAGUCUUAGUCCCGAGGCCAGUCCCUGCUUCGGGACAGACAGUUUGGUGGAACAUUUACACGCAAGUGGAGAUAAGUUCAGGUUCCCCCAGAUAUUCCGGUGUUUCCCAGCGUUCCCCAUUUGUCCAGGGACUUGAAGGGGUCAAAAGAAGCAACACCAUCCCUGAGACUAAUACAGCUAACUCUUCAUAGACCUGCCCUCAGCUGCCGCAGCGAAUUACGUUAACAGGGUUGUCGUAAAGCACACUUUCUGAGUCUGCAAUCAUUCCUCUGACAAUUACUGGAAGCCAAAGGAAAACUCAUUUUCUUUGCAUUACCCCAGUAAUACAUAAAAGCUGUGUCUUGUUAUAGUAGUGCGUUAUGAAUCAUGGAUAGAAUCUUAGAGUUACAGAGCAAAUGAUAAGACAAAAAACAGUACCAAGCCCCUGUCGCUCAUUUCUUCUCAAUAUAAUCAGAAGGAAAAGUACUUUAAGAGGACUGACGGCCUGACGCGGUUCCCCUCCCCCCACACCUGGCACGCCCCGCCCCCGCCCCGCCCCGCCCCGCCCCACACACUCAUCUCUUCAUAGCCACUUUCCUGCGUCCAAGCUCACACGUUCUGAGUUUAAAAAGUGGCUCUUGCAUGACUGAAUCGAUUACGGUUUACAAACUAAAGCCAAAUGGAUUGAAGACAAUCUUCCUAACAGAUCGGUGAGUCAACAUUUCACGGGAAUGUGAGACCUUUCCAGCAGGGCUCCUGGCUUCUCCUGUUAGCUCCGCGUGCUGGCCCCCUUCUCGGUUUCUGUUCUCCCUACCCCCGUUAUCCAAGAGCUGGCGGCCAGUGGCUCCCUGAGCAUGCGGCUUCUGUAAGGAAGUAGCAUUUACUUGUCUUUGACUCAGUUUCCCACCCCUGGCAUGUGACUGCAUUUGACUUUGGAAAUUAGGACCUGGGCUUUGUCCUACAUGUUUUUGGGGUUAAGAAUGUAUCGGGAAAAUUCCUGUAAAGUUUCACUCAAAUUAAUUUCAUGAGAAUGGGACUGCUUCAAGUGUUGCUCAUUUUCAGCAAGCCAUCCGGGAGCAAGCAGGGCCAGGGGCGUGGAGCGGGGCAUGGAUUGCGUCGCCUGCGGGGCCUCAGCAUUCGUUGAAGAAAACCCUCUUAAAUGCCGCCUUCUGUCCGCAGUGGCUGUGUAUCCACUUGACACUACAAUAAACCUGAGCUGAACUUUUCAGUCCCUGA